CACCCGGUGAGAUUUAACUUAACCUGGCUGACUUGACGCCGCCGCUUUCUAUCUGCUGUCGGACGGGAAAAGAGGCGAGAUAUGUAAAAAUGGAGCCCCAUAAGAAGUUAAUAAACUCAGUGGAUGACUGCGUGGACGAGGCUCUCUGCGGCAUCGUCAGGGCCGGUGGGGGCCUGUCUCUGCUGAGGGGCCACAGAGUCGUGCUUCGGACCGACCUGGAAAACCUAAGGGGCAAAGUGGCCCUGCUGUCAGGAGGAGGGUCGGGACAUGAGCCGGCACACGGGGGUUAUGUUGGUGCAGGUAUGCUGUCAGCGGCAGUAGCAGGUGGAGUAUUUGCGUCUCCACCCCCUGCCAGCAUCCUGGCUGCCAUUAUCUCCUUGCAUAAUGCAGGAGCCUCUGGGGUCCUUCUCAUCGUGAAGAACUACACCGGCGACCGCCUGAACUUUGGAUUGGCUGCAGAGCAGGCCCGUAACCACGGUGUCGCUGUUGACAUGGUGAUUGUUGCCGAGGACUGCGCGUUUGAUCGACCCAGUAAGGCCGGGAGGAGAGGCUUGUGUGGCACUGUCUUCAUACACAAGCUGGCAGGUGCGUUGGCAGAACGAGGCUCCUCAUUGGACCAGAUUGUUGCCCAGGUGAAAGAGGUUUUGAAGGGGACUGGUACACUGGGGGUGAGUCUGUCUCCGUGCAGCGUCCCAGGCUGCCUGCCUUCAUUUGACCUGCCUCUAGGAUACAUGGAGCUGGGACUGGGAAUCCACGGUGAACCUGGAAUCAAAAGGUCAAAGGUGGCAUCCGCAGAUGAGGUGGUGAAAACCAUGAUAGAUCACAUGACCAACCCUGACAGCCAAUCUCAUCUGCAGCUGAAAUCAGGAGACAGCGUGGUUUUGUGUGUGAACAACCUCGGAGCUCUAUCUUGUCUGGAGAUGGCUGUUGUUACUAGAGCUGCCAUUAUCUGUCUGGAGAAUCGCGGGGUGGUGGUUGCCAGGGUGAUGUCCGGUUCAUUCAUGACAUCACUGGAGAUGGCGGGAGUGUCGCUGACCCUGAUGCUUGCCAAUGAGGAAAUACUAAGACUGUUUGAUGCUAAGACCAGUGCCCCCGCUUGGCCAAAUCUCAGCAGCGUGUGUGUGAGUGGACGCAGCUACACCACAGGUCCUCCAGCCAUGGGGACACGACCACAGGACGACACACACGCCGAGGGACCUCUGAGUCCUGUGAUGCGUAAAGCAUUAGAGAGGGUUUGUUCCACACUGCUGGAAAAACAGGAAGAACUGAACUCCCUGGACCGCGCUGCCGGGGACGGAGACUGUGGGAACACUCAUGCACAGGCUGCUAGAGCCAUUCAGGAGUGGCUCCAGGAUCAUGUGGUCCCUGGUUGCCCUGGGAAACUCUUAUCAGUCCUCGCUGGAUUGGUGCAGGAGAAGAUGGGGGGGUCCUCAGGAGCUUUGUACAGCCUAUUCCUGACUGCCGCGGCUGCUCGUGUGAACGAGGGGCGGGGCGGCGCUGCAGCCUGGGCCACGGCAAUGCAUGCUGGGACACAGGCCAUGAGGAGAUAUGGUGGCGCUGACCCUGGAGACAGAACAAUGUUGGAUGCUUUGUGUCCUGCUGUGGAUGAACUGAUGAAGCUGACCACAGCGCCACCUGGUGGAGAGAUGGCCAUACUACAGGCUGCUGUGCAGAAAGCGGCUUUGGGGGCGGAGGCGACCUGUAACCUCACAGCGAGGGCGGGGCGGGCCAGCUACAUCGCAGCCGAGCGGGUCACCCUGCCCGACCCCGGUGCUGUGGCUGUAGCCAAUAUCCUGAGAGCCGUGCUGGAGUCCCUUGAAGGGCAGAAGUAAUGCAGCAAUCUGAGCAGAUUUUUGCCGUCACCAGACUUAUGCUAGCGGAACAACACUAUCAUCCCCAAAAACAUGCGCAAAAAAAAAUGAAUGUGACUAAAAAUUGACUGUGAUGGUUACCUUUUUCUGCAAGCUAAUUUACAUAUGAUAUCUACAGUAAAUGAACAGAAACUGCAGAAUUGACAAUUACCUGAAAACAGAAAAUCUAUCUAAAAGCUGACAAUAUGCUUUGGAAAAUCAUCAGCGAUGAUGUAAAGUGUAAACAAGUUUUAGUAAAUGGUUGAAAACAACAACAACAACAAAACACCAGCAUGGUCCUUUAAACUUGUUUAACAAGCUCAAAAAUACCAUGAAUCCAGGACUUGAAACCUGGUAAAUUAAUCUACUAGAACAGCAGUUUUGUAUAAGUGGUUGAAUCAUGAAAAGAACAUUCGUUAUCACAACUUAUGAAAUACAAUAUAGAACAAGUAAUACACAGGGAGUUAUGUUAGUGGUGUUAAUAUAGAAACAUUUGAAGAUACUAAUGACUGGAUUUCCACAGUUACUACUCUACUACUAAACAGUGUGUAGGAUUUAGGGGGAUCUAUUGGCAGAAAAUUGUAUAUGAUAAUCAUAAAUUUGUUUUCAUUAGUUAACUAAUCACCUGAAACUAGGAAUCGUUCUGUUUUUCUUACCUUUAGAAUGAGCACUUCAUAUCUACAUAGGGAGGGAGUCCUCUUCCACGGAGCCCACUAUGUUGCACUGGCAUGUUUCCACAGUAGCCCAGAACGGACAAACCAGACACUGGCUCUAGAGAGGGACUUUUGCAUUUUUAAGUUACCUGAAAGUCUACAUUUCCCAUAAUGCAACUCGAUAGCAUGUUUCAUUGGUCCCUCCCUGCCCAAAUCUCUCAAAACUCCUAUUGCCUUGUUUUUAACGUAGCUUUUCCGUCAUAAAUUUUUACUCUCCGAGCUCAACCAGAUUUAACCCUGAUGACAUCACUGUGACAUCAUCAGGGUUAUUUUCUUACACUUGACAAAGACUCUUCAAGAGACGUCAUAUGACUGUUUUCACAGGUUGAGUAAUACUAUACAUGACAAGUAAACUGGAUUGGGUUGCACCAACUAUUCAUAGAUGUGUUACUAAGUUUGAAUGUUAACGUCCCUCCUAAGUUCUUAGUGACCACUAACUCAUUCCAAACUAGUGAUUUACUAAAUCAGGUCGCACCAUUAACGCUCAAGAAGUAUCUUGAGCCAGUAAGGACUUUGAUAAUGUGGAAAAUCGGUUGCUAGGAAACAUCUGUCGCGUUGUUAAGUCAAGAGCAAUCAGCCAUGUAAAACAGGAAGUCAUGGUAGCAUCGCAAGCUAGCACAACUUCCAAAAAAUUACGGCUUUAGAGGCAAAAGAUAUAUCUUUUGUUAAUGUAGGUAUUACUUUGUUUUAUUUACGUCUGCAUACAUGGAGAAAUGUGUGUUUCAGAGUAGUAAGUAUUCGUACAGUCUAUAAUGAGUGGUGUGAUUUUUGCUAACCCGACUGUUAUUUGCUUAUUUAGUGAAAGGUUAUUGGCAUAAUGUUUCGUACUUUGAGGUACUACGUGCUUGUUUGCGUGAAAAGUCAUUUAAAAUCUCCAAGAAUUACAUCAUUAUUGAACAUUACCAUGUUUGAGAUUAGAGAGGGAAAACUGCAUACAAUUUCAACUGUCAUUCCCUGUUAGCUUUGUAUGUUGGUUCAGUUAGCUACACAACACCUGGCAGCCAACGUUUACCUGCGUAAGAGCUAGUUCACGAGUUGCAGUCUGAUGUAAGUUACACAUGUGUAAAAUUUUCUCUUAGUGAACACUUUAGCAUUAGAACUAGGCAAAGUUUGAACUUACGAACAGCUGGUGCAACCAGCUCCAGAUCUUCAUGUGUAAUAUCAGUGGAGUGCUCCUUUUAAUACUGAUAAAAUCAGUGAGCUAUACCGGUUUCUGAAAUAUUCUUUUUAAAUAACAAUCAUACGGUACAUGAUUUAAAAGCAGCUUCUUGAUGAAACGGUAUUAACUGUGAC